AGUUUAAACACAACAGUAUCCUGUAUAACGGCCUGAAUACUACUACUAUUUUGCCACUAGUAAUUUUUUAAAAGAAUUUUAUUGUAUCUUACAUAAUAGACGUUGCCUUAUUAUACUGGUAGGUAACAAUUUAAAAUGGCAUGUAAUGAUAAAAAAGAAAAUACAGCUCGCAGCGUCGAUAGUGACAUCUUUGAUGUGGAAGAUCAGCAACAAAGCGAUGAAAACGAAAGUGACUCUAUAGAACUCAUACGAAGAUGUAAUAAAGAAACUGAUUUCGAUACAUCUUGGGAUCAAAGUCGAUACAGUGAUUUAAAACCGAGUGAUAACAAUACAACACCACCAUUUCAACCGGUUAUAAUGUCUGACGUAAGUCCUAGCAGUAGGACAAAUACCUCAACACAGACCGAUAUAAAACAGGAUGAAGAUAUGACGGGUAUUAAUUUGUCCUUUAGUAAAUAUUUUGACAUGGAGGAUUCUAGUUCCUCCGAGAGUGUAGGGAAAAGACUGCGUCGAGAUUCACAAGAAGAAUAUCAACGCCCAUGCAAAAAGACCAAAUGUGAUAUUUUAUCAGAAAGAGAGGUAAACAUUGGUACAUCAAAUUCCUCAAAUCAAAUUUUAUGCUCCGAAUCGGACGUGUCCUUUGUAUCUGUGAACAGCAACUACUCCUAUAAGACACGUAAAAAAAGACGACGGUCAGAGGCGACCUUGCUUAGAGAUGCCCUUCAGAGAGCUGGCAAAAAUUUUCACACAAAUAAUUGUUCCAUCAGUAAUACUUCAGUGUCUGGGAGUCCUAGGAAAGAGAAAAAUCUGCGCAGGAGCGGAAGGACGAAAUCUUGGCGAGUGAUGGAUUUGUGUACUUGGAUCGGCAGAAAGGGUUAUCAGUCCAUUACUGGUCUCUAUGCGGACAUGUUAAAGGAGCCUAUCAAAGAAAAGGAAAAGAAAGAUGAAAGAUUAUCAGAGGACCUGUUGGAUUUGAAGAAAAAUGUGGAAGAUAUGAAGCACGAAUUGAAGGGACUUAAGCAAUUCGUAGAAGAAAUGAAUCAGGAAAUGAGAAACGUCAAGAAGUAUGUAGAAGAAUUAGACAAGAGUCAUAAGCGGCAGACGAGCGAGACAGAAGAUUUGCGACACCAGGUGGGCAGACAUGAGAGCGCAAUUGAAGACCUGCAGGGUAAGGUCAGAUAUUACAGCCGCCUGGAAUCUCAACCGAAAGCGCCAUCUUGCCCUCCUCCUCCACCGCCCCCUCCUCCCCCUCCUCCGCCGCCGCCUCCACCACCACAGCCCUCUAAGCUCCCGGUCAGGACCAACAUCCAAAGGUGCGGUUCAGCUCCACCAAGUGUCGGACCGAGGCUUACUAUCACACCACAAGAUAUCGCGAAUGUUAAACUGAGGAAGACAAAGGAUAACCCAGUUCGCCCAAAACCUAUGCCGAAAGAAAGUCCACAGCCCUUGGUGACCCAACACAUGUUAGAGACCACGCGGGCAAAACUGGGCCGAGCCAAACCCGUGGCUUCGUCUACGCCUAAGCAACAGCUCAGCGAAUUGGAAAAAUGUCUUCUACAAGAGGUAUCAGUGACGUCACUUUACAGGCGUCGUGUGACGCGCGGCUCGUUCCGCAGUGCGGAAGAGCUCCGCCCGCGGCCUUAUCCCGCCGCUAGGUGUCGCUCUCCAAGGUCGCCUCGGACUCGAACGGCGUCACUGUCCCGAGUUACCCCAAUCACCCCAAUCGAGUUUUCACUUCUGUUGCCCACAGAGUGAAGUAGAAGAAAGAAACAAUUAUUAUUUACAAAGUUGACAUAUUAUUUUUGAUCUUUUGACGUAUGUGUAAGCCCGACAAAAUAUUAUUCUCUAUUUGCAAUGCUUGGUGCCUAUUGGAUUUCAAUUGCGCACCUUUUAUAAAAUGUUAUUUUCUGAAAUUUAAUAAAUAGGUAUUGUUCUUAUAUAAAAUAAUAAAUGUGACAACUUUGAUCGUUAAGUUUUGUAAAUUUUAGUUAUAUUAAAUAUAUGCAUUAAUGUAGUAAACGUUUUUAUUAGGUUUAGAUUUAGAUGAUAAUGACGUGCAAUUUGCAAUUGUAUCUAUGUGUAUUUAAAUUGGGAAAAUAGAUUUGGAAGAAUACGACUUUUUUGUGUUGUAGGCAUAUCUAUUACGGCACAUUGAAAAGAUUUCUUUAUAAUAAUUUUAUUUGUACGAGUUUUCGUUUUUGAUACGCUAGAGUAUUUGUAUAUAAUACUCAAUAUUAUGUUUGCUUAUCACUAUUUGGACGAUGGUUUUGAUUCGGUUUUAAAAUAUAAAUUACUUAUAUACUAAUAACAUAAGGCUGAUUUGUUUUUUUAUGUUAUAUAUUAUAAUAUUAUUAGAUAAUAAUGUAUAUUUUCAUUACAAAAAUCGUAAUUUGUCAGUGCUAAAUUUAAUUGCUGUAGUUAUUAGUACUUACUUACGUCUUUAGGUGCAGGCACACGCGUUCAUGAGAAAAACAGUGUUUUUAAAUUGCGUUGGUAUAAUAAUAAAACACAAUUUCUUCCAUCUAAACAAUAGAAGCAGUAUAUUUUUUAUUGUGAAUUUUCUCAUAAUCUCCAAAAAGAUGCAAUUUUGAAAUAAAAAUUUAGAAACCACUAAAAUUAAAUACUUAUGAUUA